AUGACGCGCAACGAAGGUGACCGCCCCCUGAUCCUGUCCCUCGGCGGCAUCAAUAUGGACUUGGUCACUUUUUCCGACCGGUUGCCGGCGGACGGUGAAACCGUGGUCGGUGACCGGUUCGUGACAUAUCCCGGGGGCAAGGGAGCGAACCAGGCGGUGGCGGCGGCGAGGAUGGGGGCUCGGUCGGCGAUGAUCGGUCGGGUUGGCGACGAUACGUUCGGGCCGCAACUGGUCGAUUUGUUGCAGUCGGUUGGCGUCGAAACUAGCGCGGUAGGCGUCACCUCGGAAACCAACUCCGGCAUCGCCGUUAUCAGCGUGGGCGAAGGCGGCCAGAACCGGAUCGUGCAGGUUUUGGGCGCCAACGAAACCUGCGGCGAUGCUGAAUAUGAUGCCGUCGCGGCGCUGCUCCCCCACGCGUCCGCGCUCAUGUUGCAGUUGGAGGUGUCGGUUAGCCUCUCGAUCAGAGUGGCCGAGUUGGCAGCCUCGCAGGGGGUGAACGUUAUUCUCGACCCGGGUCCGGUCCGUGCGGUGCCGAACGAGUUUCACCAAUGGGUUUCGAUCAUCACCCCCAACGAGACCGAGGCGGAGGCGCUGGUCGGGUACGCCAUUGCCGACGCACACACCGCGGCAAACGCCGCCGGCGGGUUGUUGGCGAGAGGCGUGGGAUCGGCAGUGAUCAAACUGGGGGCGCAGGGGGCGUAUUGGGCCGACGGUCAAGCAAGUGGCAUGGUCCCCGCGUUUGCGGUGGAGGCCGUGGAUACCGUGGCGGCGGGCGACGCGUUCAACGGUGCGCUGGCGGUGGCAUUGUCCGAAGGCCAUCCGUUGGAGACGGCGGUACGAUGGGGAUGCGCGGCGGGAGCGUUAUCCGUCACGCGGAUUGGAGCGCAGGGAUCUAUGCCGGAACGCCACGCAGUGAUGGCGCUGCUGAAUUGA